CGACCCGAAGUGUGUUUUUCGGCCUCUGGAAAAAAAGCAAAAUGUUAUGGCAAAAUCACGCUUUUUUCUCAUAGUUUGUAUAUGUGCGCAAUAUGAUUAAACUUAAAAUAUAGUGUUAUUUAUGAGCUCUCCUUCUGUACAUCAUUUCUUUUUAUGAUUUUAUGUUAUAAAAUCUCUUUUUGCUUCAAUACCAUGUAUUUCGCAUUAUUUUAGCCAUUAAGCUUUGGUGAAAUGGGCCCAAAACAAAAAUAAAAAAAGUGGUCCGAAGAAAAUUUGAGUAACGCCCUAGCAGCAGUUAAGGAUGGCAUGUCAUUACAUAAGGCUCAAAAAGAAUUCGGCGUUCCAAAACAGACCUUAUCCGACCGAAUUCGGGGAAAGUAUAGAACGACGAAGGCAGGAAGGAAAACAGAAAUGACACCAGAAGAGGAGACAAUGUUAAUUCAUUAUAUCAAAUACAUGGCUUCUAUUGCACACCCGUUAAGUAUUUCAGCAAUAAAAGUUUUUGCAUGGAACAUCGUAAAACGAAGCAAGCGUACCAGCUCGUUCAACCGUGUCAGUGGUCCUGGUCAUACUUGGUGGGACAGUUUCAAGAAACGUAAUUUGCGAGAAAUUGCCCUGCGAAAACCCGACGGCCUCGACAGAGGACGUUCUAGAAUGGCCAAUGUGACUGUUAUAAAACAGCACUUUGGUCUUUUAAGAAAAACAUUGGUCGAUCUUGAUAUCCUCGAUAAGCCAGAUCGAAUCUUCAAUUGCGACGAGUCAGGUAUCUCCAUGGAUGCUCGCGUUGAAAAGGUUGUCGUCUCAAGAUCAACUAAGCACCCCUACUCUGAGAGCAAAGGAAAUAGGGAUCACAUCACUGCCCAUGUCGCUGUAUCAGCUGCUGGAGUGCCGUUGCCUCCAAUGAUAAUUUUUGAAAAGGCUUUCCCAUCCGGUCCUUAUGCUAGAGAUGGUCCUACCAAUGCUCAAUACGCCCAUUCGCCAAACGGCUACAUGGACAUCGAGCUUUUUAAACAGUGGUGUGAAAAGCUGUUUAUUCCUCAGACAAGAUACAUACAAAAACCAAUAUUGUUGAUCUUGGAUGGCCACGGUUCUCAUCUCGAUAUAGAGAUGAUAGAUAUGCUAGUGGAGAACCAAAUCCACUUGUACUGUUUGCCCCCUCACACAACCAAUAUACUCCAGCCAUUGGAUGUGUCGAUUUUCAAGCCUCUAAAGGUGCAUUUCUCAAAAAUUACAGAUAAUUUGAAGCUUGCAACCAUGGGCCACACUGUUCCACUAACUGUGUGUAAAACAAAUUUCACUGCGAUAUUUAAGGCAGCGUUUGAAGGAUCGAUGGGGAUCACCAUUAUUAAAAAUGGAUUUCAGAAAACAGGGAUCUGUCCAUUCAACCCUGACGCCAUCGACAAGGAGCGAUUAAUGCCAGACAACAGCGUUGAUUUUAUUUCGUCCGCUCCGAAUGGAAACAAUACUGUAACAUCCACAACACCAGCAGUACCAGGUUCUUCAACAGGAGCAUCUUUUAAUUCGUUGCCUGGUGGCUCUUUUUCUACACCAGUAAUACCUUCAACAGAUGCUUCUACUCCACCGCCCUCGUCGAUUGCAACAACACCAACCAAUCUUCCCACUGCAGCAAGCCCUUUCACCUCCACUCCAACAACACCUGUAAAUCCUCUCGUUGCAGCAGGUAUUAUCCCAGCGUCUUUGGUUGAUGCCUUUAUAUUUCCAGCGCCAAAGCCUAACAAACAAAAGAACACCAGGAUUAUUACUAAGGCGAGAGUUCUCACAAGCGACGAGCAUCGACAAGCGUUUCGAGAGAAGGUGGAGAAGAAAGAAUUGGAAGAGAAGGCAAAAGAAGAAAGGAAAAAGGAGAGAGAACGAAAAAAACUAAGUAAAGAAGCUCUGCAGUCCGAAAAAAAAAGGCGAAAAAGGGUUAUGUUGAAAACCCGAUCUGUGCGACAGAAAAGAACAAUGAUAUCGUUCGAAAGUGAUGACAGCGAGUUGGAUGACGGCCAAGAAAAUGAGAUAGUUGAAGAGACGGAGAGUGAGUACGAAAGUAGCAGCAAGGAAGAAUUUGAGCGUGAGACGCACUGUGCUAUCUGUAAAAGGUCAAACCCACCAGUUGCUUGCAACAAAAUCAUCUGGAUUGGUUGCGAUACGUGGUUUGCAUGGUUCCAUGGCGUUUGUGCGAGAGCUACAAAGGCGGAAUUGUCAAGUGACACAUAUUUAUGUUACAGUUGUCGAUUUGAAUAAAAAAGGAAAAUAAAAAAUCUCGCUUUUUUAAUGUUUUACCAUUUCCCGCUAAUGAUCUGUAACGACUAAAAAAUGUUUUGUUGGGUCAAUUUUUACGUGUAAUUACGGACACUCCUUAAUUAAGUCAAAACUUGUUGUGAGUCAAAAGUAACGUUUAAACACUCCCUUCCAGUAGGAAUAAAUACAAUAUACCUGCCGCUGACCCUCAAAAAUACAAAAAACAGUGUGUCCGUAAUUAAACGUA